AUGGCGUCUGCGUACAAUACCGGGAACUCGGCGACACCAACUCAGUCUCGAGCACUUGGCGCUGACGGCAGGCCAGUCUCCAGGAGUCAUGACGAUGGAGGAGCCACUACACCAGCAGCCAGCUGGAACGAUGCCGCUUCACGGUCAACCCGUGCUGGGCGCUCCGCCUCUGGUGGGAGCAGCUCUAUCAGUACUCGCGGUGGAGCUUCACUGGCACCAUCAGCGCAACCGGGGAGUUUCAGUCUGGAGUUGAAGAGCAUUCAGAAUUCUCGAAGUGUGACUCCACGCCAGGAUGCUGUAUCCCCAUUUCCUCGACUGCCAAAUACCAUGGAGGAAGACGAGCCAGUCGUCGAUACGACCGAACAACGCCAGGCUGCCAUACGGGAUAGGAUAGCGAAGGAGAUGAAAAUAAAAGUCGGGACGGAGAACAUGCUAGAAGCACUGUUGACGAAAAACGCAAAACAGACUAAAGAUCAAAGGCUUCGAGUCGAGUCGGAGCUGAGUUCGUCGAAUAGAAAACUUGCAGAGCUCAGGCAGGAACUGGAGGACGAAUUGAUGCGCUCACAGACCCCUUCAACACCACAACGCAGUCGACUGUCUGCCUUGUUUCGUGGAAGUCCGAUGCGUUCACCGUCCCGUGCCACAGAUUCUGCGGACGACGACAUGGAGGGGGCAGAUGGAGAAACGGAGUCACCGACCUACGUUCUAGCAGAGACAUUACAGGCUUUGGAGUUGGAAGGAAUGGCACCAGAUUACUACAUUGAAAGAGCGAAUAGUUUGGUCGAAUUGUUCAAGCGUCAUCCAACGUUGAAAUACGACCUCGAGUGGUCAGUAUUUGGGCAGCGAGUUCAAAUGAUGCUUUUGAGUGAUAGCAGGGAAGUAGUAGCGGCUGGGUACCGCUUGACCCGCUAUGCUAUAGCAGAUAGAGCUUCCAUCAGAACGAUUCGCCGUCUACAUACAGAUGAAUUAGUCACCUUAUCUCUGGUUAAGGAGAGCAAAGCGAGUAUCGAGAGAGAACAGGCCCUGAAAUUUGUUAGAGCUUUUCUUGAUGUUAAAGACGGUGUGCAUGAGAUUUCGAGAGCAGUGGUUCGAGCUAUCGUUUCUGUUGCGGAGCACCAUGAGGAUAGGUUACGAAAUAUAUCCAUCAUGACCUUGGCUGAGAUUCUGAUCAAAGAUCCAGGCUUGAUUGCAUAUGCUGGGGGAAUCGGACCGCUUCACGAUGCCCUAGCGGAAGGGACAUUCAGCGCUUCUGAAAGUCUAAUAGGAAGCUUUCUACACAUUAUGGACACUCCACAUAGGCGACAAUAUCUUCACGGUGGUCGAGAACUUGAGGCAGUCCUCACUCCAUUCACCGACUCAUUCUCGGACACGGUUCGCUCAGGGCGUCUUAAAUCCUCGGCAAAGGCGAUUUCGGCCAUGCUUAAGACCUGGCCCGGCUUGCUUGUACUUGCACGCGAUAAGUCCAAGCCACUUUCAUCGUUGUUGGAAUCACUCAAUUACCCUGAUCCUACCGCCAGGGACCUCAUACUGGAGCUGCUAUUUGAUGCGCUUCAAAUCAAACCUCCCUCCUGGUCUUCAUCUUUCCUCGCCGGCAGACGUCUGACGACAUAUGGCAGAGUCACCAAUCUUCGAUCAGAUUCAGAUAGCAAGCAGUUGCGUGUCUAUCAGGAAAACGAUAAGAACAGAUUCGACCUGACCGCACAUUUCUCGGCCCUGGUUCUGGCGACUUUGCUUGAGGCUGACUUAGUCAAAGCUCUAUCCGGCCUCAUCGAAGUGGAGGAUAACCAAUCUUUAAAGCGAAAGGCCACUCUGCUUCUUACAGAAGUGCUGAAACUAGCUCAGCACUCCCUCCCACGAUCCGUCAGCUUCAGUCUUCAGGUUCUCCCUUCUCUACUGCCGGCAGCCGUCAAAUAUGACGUUGAGAACCACGAAAUAUCGACCUCGACUAUCUACCAGAUUGAAAGCAUCAAUCGAAUUUUGGCGCGGUCUGGUUCCCUUACAACCACAUCGGGAAGAUAUGCUGUUGUUGACGAAGAUAUCUCUGCUUCCCUUUUAUCUGGGGAACCAGCGAAGAAUAGGCUCAAUCCCGCAAUGGACGAAGCCUCGUUUAGAAAUCAUAUUCUUGAGACACAAGUCUUGAAUCAUGUCAAUUAUGUCAAAUGGAAAUGGGAUCUGAUACUUCGCAUUAUCGAAGGUCCACUAACAAAUCCAAAAAGACUCGAAGAAGCCAUCAAGGGCUCGAAAUUCAUGAAGCGCUUGAUUGGGUUCUAUCGACCAUUCAAAUAUAGGUUCUGCAUGAUACCAAACACAAAGCCAAACCAACGUUAUGUUCGAACAGGUUGUGCCUUGUUGCGUACUUUGAUGCAAACUCCAGAAGGAAUCAAGUACCUCGCUGAAAACAAACUACUCCGUCAGAUUGCAGAAUGUCUUGCUCAGGUUGACAGAAUGAGUGGUCUCACCUCAGCCUCGCCUCUCUUUUCUAAGGAACAGAUGGGAAGUACGUUGAGUGGUGGCUAUUUUGCCUUACUAGGCGUCCUGAGUAGUGAUACCAAGGGUCUAUCGAUGAUGGAACGAUGGCAUAUGACUAACAUGUUCUAUCAUAUAAUCGAGCUGAAAGACCGGGCUGAUCUCAUUCAGGCUCUUCUUGGAAACAUGGAUUUCACUCUAGAAAGUCAUCUUAGGGUGCUUCUAUCCAAAGCGCUCACUGCAGGCAGCAAAGAAAUUCGACUCUUCGCAACCAAGCUGCUGCGCAAAUAUGCCGUCGGUCAUCAUCUAGCAGUCAACAAUGUUGUCUGGGUUGUCAGAAUGCUUGUAACCCAGUUAUACGAUCCCGAUGUUUCCGUCUGCGAGAUCGCCGUGAAGAUUUUAGAGGAGGCUUGCAAUCAGCGAGAGUAUCUAGAAUACGUUGUCAAAUGUCGGCCGUCACUCGAUCAUCUUGGAGAAAUCGGAGCUCCACUUCUUCUUCGAUUUCUUUCAACUUCCGUCGGUUAUCACUACCUAGAUGGCCUCGACUAUAUCACGCAAGAGAUGGAUGACUGGUUCCUUGGCAGAAACGAUGCUUACGUUGCACUUGUCGAAGCUUCACUUUCACGCGCUUACGUCGACCAUCCUCGACGACAGACAUCAUCAUUUGCACCCGACGACAUUGUUGAGAUGCAAGACAUUGGCGUUGUACCACCGCACUUCUACCGCGAACUAGCCCGUACGUCCGAGGGCUGCAAAUUGCUUGAGCAAUCCGGCCAUUUUCUUGAAUUUGCCAGUACUAUUCGCGAUUUCGAUCUGAGCGAAGAAGACCCCGAGGCCCUGUUGAAAGUGAAAGGGUGUUUGUGGGCAGUAGGAAAUGUCGGCUCGAUGGAACUUGGUGCUCCUUUUUUGGAGGAGACAGAAAUCGUGCAGGAUAUUGUCAAUAUUGCCGAGCGUGCUGAUGUGAUCACGAUGAGAGGUACCGCCUUCUUUGUUCUGGGCCUCAUAUCACGCAGCCAGCAUGGGUUGGAAAUGGUCUAUGAGGCGGGUUGGGAUGCUGCUGUUGACGAGCGUGGUGGUUCGCUGGGACUGUGUCUUCCGCGACGUUUGGAGAAGUUGUAUCACUUAUCAUUCGUCCCCCACAAACGUGACCAGGAACUCAAGCGUCUUUCACAAGAAAUAUUCAAGACUGCAGCGACCGACACUGAUCCCAUAAACCAGCGCAUCUUGAAGCUGAUCGUCGACAUGGGCAAUACUGUCUUGUCCAAGCGAUCAGCCAACGACCUGCACGGCAUCAAAGCCAAACACCCCGAACAAUUCCGCCAAGUUGAACUCUUCCAAAAGACACUGACCAUCCUCGAAAGCCACCAUUUCAGAUUACCUGCCCGCCGAUUUGCUUUGGAUUUGUUUGAUAAGAGCGUCAUGAGACGGGUGGUUCUCGAAGAGGACGAGGACUCGUAUUCCGAGUCAGAUUCGUAG